AUGGAGCUGCGGUCGGGCCGCUGCCUCGUCCCACGGCAGGGAGGCGUACGUCGCGGCGGUGCUGGGCACCGCGCGGACGGCGACGGCGGCGGGGAGGACCGCAUCAGCGCUCUCCCCGACGAGGUCCUGCUCCAGGUCCUGGCCGCUCUCGGAUCCACCGCGGAAGCUGCGCGCACAAGCGUGCUUCGACGCCGGUGGCGCGGCCUCUGGACGGAGCUCCAACUGCUGACCAUGGCCUUCCGUGGCGCCGAGCCUGGCACGCUCCGGGAUCUGCUCGCCAGGAGCCGUGGCCCGGAACGCGGCCGGCUCGUGAUCCACGUCCCCGGGCGGGACGGCCGCCAGGUCGCCGCCGCGGAGGUUUCCUCGCUGCUCCGCGCCGCCGUGAACCACAGCCCGGUGGAGCUCACCGUCGUCCUGGGCGGGGGGAUCGAGGACGACCAUCUCCCGUUCGAGCUGCCACGCUUCACGACGGCGACCUCCAUGGAGCUUCAGAUCUGGAGGCGAGGCUUCACCCUGCCGCCGGACGGUGAGUUCACCCGCCUAGAGAGGUUAGCUCUCUCCCUCUGCUGCGUCGACCCUAGCGUCUUCCUCCACCGCUUCCCGCGCCUCCGCAAGCUCGUCAUGGACUGCUACUGGGAGAUGGACGCGGCCGCUAUCCGCUCGGAGUCGCUCGAGGACGUCCUGCUCAAGGAUCUGCCCCUUGCCGACGCGGGCGGCACGACGCGGCGUGUCGACGUCGUGGCCCCUCUGCUCAAAAAGUUUAGGCUGCUGUCCUGCGGGAACCGGGACUGGGUCGUGAAGUUCUCGGAGUCCAAUGUCGAGAACCUCUCGUUCAAGUACUGCUCCAUAUCGUCUUGUUCCGUUGGGCUUGCCUGCUGGCGCCUCAAGAGUCUGGACAUGGCCAUGGAGUCGAGCCGCGAACAGGGACAUGUCGUCCACGUGCUUUCUCUGGUGAUCAUCAUCUUCCACGGUAAUCCUAGCGUAAAUCGGAGCUUCGCCGAGGAGAUAGCAUGCCUUCCAGUGAACAACCUCUCUGUUCUGAAGCUGGAAGUGCCUCAACUGGAGAGGUUUACUGGACCGCUCGUGCUUCACCUGCUCAACACUCUGAAUGUUGUCCAAAGGCUCCAGCUGGUCCUGUCCCGAUACACGGCAUCACUUGCAGGACUUCUUGCUCGCAUCAAGGUAGACGACGAAGACAUCUCCUUCCCUGAGCCUGAAGAGGUCGAAAUUGAAGGCUUCGGUGUAACUCCUCAUCAGCUUCAUUUUCUGGAGGUUCUUUUCAAGUCUGCACCAGUGCUGAAAAUUGUGCGAAUCAAGUUGUCCUCGGGGGUUUCACAAAGUCACCCAGGAUACGAAGAACUCUGCGGCAUUUUUCAGGCAAAUGCUUCAGUGCAGUCAUUUGUGAAUGGAAGUCUUCAGCAAUGUGAAGACAAUCUGCCCCAGGCACCAUCGUCGCAUGUAGGCGGCCGUAUAAUCGGAUGCUAG